AGACUGGUUCUGUGGACGGUGUUCGGGUUCGAUCACAUGAACCCGUUGUUCGUUCAAGUAGUGAUAAAUUUCUGUAAAUAUAAUUAUAAUUUUCUAUCUGAUUAUUUUCUACUCACCCGGUCGAUGCUCUACGAAUUCAUGAGGUACUUUGACCUCAAUUUUUACCCCUAACGAAGUGAAACGAGUGACAAGAGAACAUGCAACAAUGAAGAUCAACGAAGUUCUCGGAGUUUGUGUUAUUUUACAUUAUCUCGGUGGUGUUCGCACUACUCUUUUGUUGAUAAACGUCAAGAAUCAAGGUGGUGAUAUAUUUCUCGAAACAAUCACUUCAAAUGUCACUGAAGACAUGAUAACCCUCGAAUUCCAAAGAUCCGAUGGAACACUCGUCACGCAAUUGAUUGAUUUCAGAAAUGAAGUUCAAGUAAUGAAAGCUCUAGUCCUUGGUGAAGAGGAACGAGGACAAAAUCAGUACCAAGUCAUGUGUUUUGUGAAUCAUUUUUAUAAAAUGGAUUUUAUAUCGUCUGAUGCGAUGGCCAAAUUGAGGCAGAAAAAUCCAGGCACCAUUCGAGUUGCUGAUGAGGACAGGGGGUACACGAAUUACACGAUGGAUUUAUUUUUGGACGUAUCAAAGUCAAGCAUUAUUUCCAAGCAUAUUGCUACGUUGUGUACCGAAGCAGCUGACUCAACAUACACGAGGAGAGAAGAUCUGAAGCAGUGGGUUCAGAGACCAGGUACUUCUGAAUCAAUGCUACUGGCAGCUGUACGAAAUUUCACCUCUUUACCAUCCCCAUCCCAAGGAACAAAUACAACGAGAUCACCAGGAAUAACGAAAUGUGCAGACACAUCGAAUUUAUGGGUCUCGUGUUCGUGCUCUCUCGAGUUAUGCAUUGGCUGGUAUCCAUGCGGAUUAAAAUUCUGCAAAGGUAAAAGUGAUGGCAAGAAAUUGCCAGCAACCUACAGGUGUGGUAUAAAGACAUGUAAAAAGUAUUUCAUAUUUUCUUACUAUUCCAAAAUGAAACAAAACUGCAUGUGGGAUGAAUGACAUUUACGUUCGCGUUAGAGCUGUUUGAUAAUUCAAUGCUCUCUCACGCGGUUAAGCAUCUCUAUGCACCACAUGAACAAAUUCGUGAUAUAUUUGCAAUAACUUUCAUAUCUUUACCCCAAAAAAACGUUUUUUUGUUCAAUCAAUUAGGCAUAUCAAGACUUUUAACAUGAAUUUGUAACUUUAAUUCAUUAUAUUAAUAAUUGUUUCAAUGGAAUUUGCCAAUUGGUCGAUGGAAAAAAAUUCUCCUGCCAGGAAAUUUUAUAUACUAUUUCUGUAUGUCAAUUUCAAUACUCCCACUCAAUUCAGUGUUGAAAAAAUGAAUCAUUUGGUAAACAGCGAAGAAAGUAUUUUGCAAUUUGUCUUGCCUUUAUUUCUACUUGAUUCCAAUGAAUGUUCUAACUGUUUUCCUCUGUCGUUUGAUUAGAAAACCAUUUGUGAAAGACUGUAAAAUCUGUCCAUUUGAUAUGUAAAUUUACCACAAAUAGAUUUAGAUGAGACAUAACACAAUCAAAUUUGGAAUUCAACUCUACGAGAAACUUGAGAAUCAUUUCAUCGACAAUAACGCGAGGAACGGUCGAUAUUUAAACAUUGCCGAACGAAUUUAAGAAUUUGAGAAUUCACGAGUUGAAACACCCACCAAAAUUAAUGUACUCCUGUCUGUAAAUAGAAACUGUAUAUAAUUGUAAUUAAAUUGUAAAUUGCAGGGAUCUAAUUAUCACUCCAUUAAUUCUGCAUUGGGAAUAAGUUAAUUUAUUCAAUUUGUACAUUGGUCACUGAUUGCAGGAGAACAGAUGACAGACUCUGGGUAAUUAAUUUAUGCUGAAAAAAUUGCGAGAGCAUUUUUGUUAUUGUUUCAUAUAUUCAAUUGAUGUAAUUACCUCCGAUGAAGUUGCAUUUCAAUGUAUGAAUAAUAUUCCCCAUCAAUGUCAGUCAAUCUAGGGAAUAACAGGUGAAGUUUAUUGUAAUGAAGCUCUCUGGUAAUUUUUAAUCGACAAAUGUAAUUCUCCUCAAUACCCAGACCAGCAUUUUCAUGGAGAAAUAUCUGCCAAAUGUUUCCCAGUUAUAAAAUUUUGUUCCUAUAUUAUAUUUUUUAAUUUUUAUAAUUCAAGAAUGAGGGCAGGUGAAUGAUAAUUGAGAUUUUACCGACAUGAUUCGAAUUUCGUGCUUUUAUCUAUUUUUUUAUUAUUGUUAAAUUUUUUUAAAUGAAAAAAAAAAAUUUAUUACUCAGUAAAAAAUGUUAAUAUUAAGAAAAUUCCUCGAAAAACAUCAAAUUAAAUGGAAAGCUGAGUAUUUGGGAUUUUACAAGGAUAACAUGAAUUUAUUUAAUUUCUACUAUUUUUAAACUAUUCCAAAUGGAAUUUUCAGUUUUAUUACCCAAAAGAUAUUGUAAUAUUUAAUUCCCAGCGAACAAGAAACAAAAAUCAUGUGAUUGUUGCGAGACCAGUGAAUCCUUUGAAAAAAAACACAAUGAUAUUGAGUCCACACAUGACGAAUACAAAAAAAAAGAAAUUAUUUAAACAAACACUGAAAGCAUAAAGAUAUUUCCCGGGGGAAAUGCCUCCAAAUUGUAAAAACUCGAUCAAUUCCUCGUCUCUACAUAAUGACACAAAAACCAAUAGCAAUUAUGUACUAUAUAAGACCUUUUUUGCUCUACACACGACAUAAUUAACCCAUAUACAUAUUUUUAUAAAUAUUUAAUAAAGAGAAAAGCCAAUGACAUCAACCACCUGAGUUUCUUGGUGAAAAUAUCAAGUUCA